CCAUUGUCAAACUUCUAGGCUUAUAGGAAAACAACACUGAACAUCCGACAUACACGUUUUCGCGUUGAAAAUGUCGGCUGCAACCUCUAUUAAAAGAAAAAUGCAAUAUCUUUACUACAUUAUUGCAUUUCAAUAAUAUCUAUAUAACAUCUGUAGGUGCAAUGGGAUAGAUGAUUUACAGAGAGGCCAUACUUAACAAGGAAAGAAGAAGGUAAAAUCCAGACGACAAAAUGGACGAUAAAUAGCGUUCAGAGAACGACAUUGGAUUUAUUAGCAGAUUUAUUAUUGGAUUAGCGGAAAUUAUGAAGAUGUGUCGUGCAAUAUUAAAAGAUAAUAAACUCUACACUGAUCGUGAAAGAAAACACCUUUUUCUUCAAUUACAAACGGACCUACCGAAGUUUUUGCGGUCGGUCCGUGAAACUUGAGCUAAGUGAAAGUUGAUAUGUUUAUUUUUUCGUUUUUUCGAAUAUAAUUACAACAAAAUAAAUAUAAACAGGCAUUGAAAUAAAAGAUAUAAUUCUAAUUUUUCCUAAAUUAUUACCGUAACUUUAUUUUAAAGUUAUAAAACUUUAAAAUAAAAAAAGCUAAAUUAAAAUGCUAUAUAAGCAAGGAUAAAUAAGUGAUCCUCGAUUAGUUUUAUCGAGUAAAACAGUUACGUCACGCCGCUUUAAAACCCUCAUGACCAACUUCCUCGUCCCGAUUUCGUUACGAAUCGGAACGGUCCAUUUCAAAUCAUAACGGAACAGGAAGCGUGUCCUGAAAUUGCAAUUGAUAAGUUACGGCGGCGCUUAUCGAUUAUAUUAAGGAGAACAGAUCAUUAGGCCAAACUGGUUGCGUCUUUUUGCUUUUCGGUUUGCUUCUAUUAGUUGGCGGUCUACCACGUUUUAUUGGUGAACGUUGCAUACUUAUUAAUUAUUAAUUUUCUAUUCAGAAUAAGUUUAUAUUCAAAAUUCAGAAUAACACACAAAUAUCGGUGCAGUCACGGGCAUCCAGCACUUGAUUAUCCAGCAUUCGGGAUUAUCAAGUGCUGGAUUAAUUGACUUUUACUGUAUUAUAUUCUUACUUAUUUAAUAGGAAUCAAGUAACAAAUAUAAAUUUACAUGCGAAGUUUGUGGAAAAAAAUUUAAAUUUAAAUCAAAGUAUAAUGACCAUCAAUAUUGCCAUUCAGAAGAAAACAAGUUUAAAUGCAAAUUUUGUGAAAAAAAAAUUUAAGCAUCCGCAAACAUUAAAAAAACAUAUUAAAGAAAAACAUCCGUUAGAAUUGCAAACAGACAAUCAUUAUGUCCAAACAGACAACAAUAACAAUCAGCAAGAAGAUAAUCAUUAUGUCGUAAGUAAAAAUUUCAUUAAUAUUCUAGCAGCAAACAGACAAUCAUUAUGUCCAAACAGACAACAAUAACAAUGUAAGUAAAAAUAUUAAAAAAUGAAAAUUUUAUAAAAUUGUAUUAAGUACUUCUAUUAAUCUUCCUUACAGAUGAACAGAAACAUGUACAUAUAUGUACCAGUUGUUGUAAUGACACUGUUAAUUGUUCUUCUUGCCAUCAGACCUGACACGUCUGCAGAAACUAUUCAGACAAUACUGAUUCUGUUUUAUAAAUUCUCUGAAAAACUAUUAAUUUAAAUAAUAAUUAAAAAAU